AUGUAAAGCAAUCACGCAGUCGCCCCAGAACUUUUAAACCAAUAAAUUCCAAAGCUUUACGAAUACUCCUUCUAGAGAAAUGUAUACGACUAGUCUACAUUUUACGGAAGGUUUAUGCAUUUCCAGAGAGUAGUUGACCCAAGAAACUUCUUCAUAACUAAAGAAAGGAUUUAACAAUCAAAGCAAAUGGUGGAGAACUCAAGAAAACAGCAGGCAGCUCAAAACAACAAGCCUCUGCUUUUAAGUUCUCAGGACUACUCUCAAUUGGCUCGUGCUGCAUACAUAGUCGGUUCUUCAACCUCCAGAGAUACUGGUGAAGAAAUACCUAGAUUGAUGAGAAUGUGUGCUUUCUUACCUGCAAAUAUUCCUAUAUUGUUUGGAAUGCUCCUUUCCCCUCCAUCAGUCGCAAAUACUAUCUUCUGGUAAUGGUUUAACUAGUCAUUCAACGCUGGCUUGAACUAUGGCAACAGAAAUGCCUCCAGUCCCUACACAACCAAGGACCUUGCUUUUGGCUACUCAGCUGCCGUAGGAUCCUCUGUGACAAUGGCUCUCCUGCUUAGAAAAUUAUUCUCAAAUGUUUCAAAGAACGUGACUGGUGCCAAGUUUAUUCUUGUUAACUCAGUAGUAGCCUCAAUUGCUAGUGGCACAGCAGGCUUCCUCAACACCUUCUGCAUGAGGAAGGUAGAGAUGACUAACGGAAUUGAAGUUUUCAGAGAUCAGGAUUUAACAGAAAAGGUCGGAAAAUCUAAAGUUUGCGCUGAAAGGGCAAUUAUGGAGACUGCUACUUCUAGAAUCUUCCUAUCUUUUGCUUGUUUAAUGACUCCUGCUGUUAUUUUCUAUGCCUUUGAGAGAAUGGGUAGAACUCCAUCUGGUUCUAAAGCUAAGAUAUUUUUCGAAGCUGGAGUCUUUACCUUCUCCUUGAUGUUCGCUCUACCGGCAAGUAUUGCCUUAUUCCCACAAAUAGGAGUCAUGAAAAUUGAUCAAGUUGAAUAGGAGUUGAGAAGUAUCAACUAAGAUAUCAAAGUAUUGUACUACAACAAAGGACUCUGA